AUGAUGCGACGACGGGAUCUACAGGUCGGCACCGUGUUCGUUGCCAAGGGUGCGGGGACCGGCGUCGGGGCACUCAUGUCGCCGAAGCUCUACCUGAGCGUUCGCGGGAACACGGUGCUGUCCGUUGGGCUGGUUCUCCUUUCGGCGAUCCUCUCGUACUUCCCGUUCCUGUCCAGCGUUUUCACCCUUCACCUGGCGUUCUUCAUCCAGGGGCUUGUCGUGAAUAUUCUCAUGACUGGUUGUCAGAUCAUGACUCGCAAGGUUCACGGCGACAAGUGCAACCUAUGGACUGGUGCCAAUGUGGUGUCGCUGGGGCUUUCGAGUGCCUUAUUUCCGGUAGUUGCCUACCUGGAUGAUUCGCUCUUCGACCUGUACGCCAUCCUGUCCGGCAUGAGCAUUGCAGUUGCCGUCAUCCUCGGCGUCGUCAUUCCAGCUCCGGAGAGCUUCGAAGGACUAAUCGAGGAGACGCCCGAGUCGUUCGUGGUGGACCCAGCAGCAGGUGGCAUGGAGCCGCCGGAAAAGAGCACGUGGACGAGGAAGUGCUCUCUGUUCUACAGCAAGUACAGGGUCGAGUUUAACAUAGGCGCCAUGGUGUUGUGGCUGAUAGGUGGCACGUCCGCUACGAGCUCGUAUCUAGGUACGUAUGUAGAGUCUACCGGAGUAAUUCCAACCUCUCAAGAAUCCCUCCUCCAAGUCGACUUGUUUGCGGCUUCGGUGGUCGGUAUUUUGUUGGGCCUGCUGGCCCAGCUGUAUUGUACACUUUCGAGCCUAUAUCGCUGGUCGAUGGCGGCGUUCCUGUUGGGAGGAGCAGGGGUGGCAGCGAUACUACUGUUCCAAGACUCGCCGACGGUGUUUUGGGUCUGCAUCGCCAGUUACGGUUUCGCAUGGGGCCCGACGGUAAAUUUUUGCUACGAGCUUAAUAACCACAUAAACCCGCCUUCGGAAUCGGGCAUGUCGGUAAUCACGUUCGGGCUUACCUUCGGAAUGGCCGCGUUCCCGUAUGCCACCUCGUUGGUGUUGGACUAUACCGGGGUGGCGCAGUGGUUGAUGGUGAUCGUAUUGGCGUCAAUGCUCGUGCCCGGCCUGCUGCUGCUGAACAUCAUGCGAAUAGUAGAAUCGAAAGGGGUACAGAAGAAGUGUUUCCUUGUGCAGGAGGAUCUGUCGUCAGCCUCGCACCCUGACAUUGGGGAAACAACCCGUCUGCUGCAGUGACGCAUGAGUAGUUGAGAAAGAGAGGGAAAGAAACGAAGGGUUAUUCGUAAACAUUGUUCCUACAACAGACCUGGAAAAGGAAACGGCCGAGAUUGUGGUAAACAGAACAUGAUCUGGGAGACAAUAUCGAUGAGAAUCUAGAAAAACUAGUAGAGCCUGGUGUGUCGUGUAGGAAGUUCCAUUUUGUGCUACGUCCGAUUGUACCCCCUGUUGGUGAGUGCACCAUAGCUGGUUUCUGCUGGAGACGAUGUCGGAAAGAACCGCCAAGUUUUUUUAAGCAGCUGCAACAGUAGCUGCGACGCUAGCCAAGAACAAAUGAACGUGUUUCAAACGACCACAAAAUAGGCAAUGGGUGGUUGAGAACAAUAGUACAAGUCGGUGGGUACACCCACCGGAAUGUUGCACAAAAAUUCUGGCACCCUGUAGAGGCCUCGUGUGCCGCGGUGACAAUGUAACGUGCUCGAAAGUUCGUAAUUCUUGGACGUUCGUGCUGAGCAUGGGCGUGGCUAUCUAUGUUGUCCAGGCGCGGGAAUGGGAUUUAGAGUGGUUCGGCACUAUCACGAAUGGUCUGCGUGAAGCAAUUUUUCCAGUGCCUUCACAGUUGUCCGAGAAAGGAGUGCCUUUUUCUGUUUCCCUUUCGUGUUCUAGGGCAUUUGGUUGUUCUGGAUGGGUUCGUGUCGUAGACAAAUGCAUGGUUGUGAUCCCUGCUAUUUUACGCUCGUGAAGCAUGGCCUUAGCCCACCGCUGUACGUAUGCUCCAGUUCCAGGUGGGGAUGGGGCUCAUUUCUCCGGUGUCGUUUGUGGUAAUAGUGCUGGUCCCGUCAGGAGCGGAGGAUUCUUCUUGAAUAUUACAUCGUUUCGUCCUGGUCUUGGUUUUCGUGGCCGGGUUGUUAUUCGCCAUGUCAUGGCGAGAGGUCUUGAUCGUAGUAGAAGUCAAAGUGGAUCCCUUGUAUUCUACGGAGUUGGACGGCUCGUUAAGCUUGGCUGUAUCCCGCGCGUAGUUGUGAAUAGGUGUCGGUUAGGUAUAGGUAUUGUAGGUUUUCCUCGUAUGUUAUGUAGGUGGGUGCCAGUUCCUUGCGUGUUGUGUAGGCGGGGAUUGCCGAGCUGGUCAAGCGUGGCUUGACUGACGAGAAUAAGGGGAGAGUGAGCUUGAGGGGGAGCCACCGUGGACCCCGUCUCAAACUCAGGGCGCUGACCGUCUUUCUCAGAGAUUGGAACCCACCUGGUCAAGGUAUAGAGGACGUAUAAUAGUAUGUGUUUUGCCGAGGAUCCCGUGCGGCCUUGCUCGUUUGAUGUCCGUUCGGAAAGUGUGUAAGAAACAUGUUAUUUGUUCAUCAUCCACAGGGUGCGUUAUUCUUCUUGGUCAUUCUUGUACGUACGCGCUAUUCCUGCGUGUAAUAACACACACAUCCCCCUCGCAGUGCCCCCGAAGUGAUGUUGUGUCGCAAGAAGUGUUUGGUGUCACGUUAGUGGUUGCCAGUUUCGUUGUUGCUCCGGUAGACUGGAGCAUUGGGGGAUCUGUCUAUCUUCCCUUUUGUUUCCGGUCGUUGUCUCCCCCUCUCUUCCUCUCGUUCUUGUUGUCUUGUCUUUCGUUCUUUCAUCUCUUUUUUGACCGGGGUCGAUCGCCU